AUCAGCAGCAAACCAGAAGCCAGAAUGAAUGAUUCUCAGAUAUUGGACUAUUCUUUGGAUUAUAACUACACUGACUUCCUGGAUUACAACUUUACUUUAGAAGAUGAUUUCCGUGAUUCAAAACAAAAUACCUUGUUUUGUGUGAUUUACGUGUUGGUCUGUGUUAUUGGCUUUGUUUCUAAUGCCCUGGCCAUCUACGUGGUACUUAGGUACAGAUACAUGUGGACAACCACCAACAUCUACAUCUCCAGUCUUGUUUUGGGGGACCUGUUGUAUAUGAUGUGUUUGCUGUGGUUUGCCGUUGAGACUGCUUAUUCAUACUGGUCCAUGGGUAUCGUCUUGUGUAAAGUUUUCUGGGCUCUAACGACCGCAGUUGCCUUCUCCAGUUCAUUUUUUCUGACAAUUAUGUCCAUCAAUGACUGUUUGCACGUCUACUUCCCUGUCUUCUCGAGGAAUAGACUUGGGCCAAAAGCAGCCUUGGUUAUCAGUGGCUGUACUUGGGUUAUCUGCCUUUUGCUGGGUAUUCCCAUAUUUAGGUAUGCAUCCCUAGAUUUUGGAAAGUCUUGCAAAGUUUGGUCUGAAGCCACCUCCCUUUACUCUAUUACAAUUACCACCUAUCAGCUUGUUUUGGCCUUUUUUGUGCCACUGGCAUUAGUUUGUGUCAGUCUAAUUCUCACUGCAAAUUGGUUAAAGUCUCACAAAAAACAUGCAGAUCCCUCUUAUACUAAUGUAAGAGAGGAUAUGAUAUUGGUUUUUGCUCUUUCUAUUGUCUAUCUGGUCAUUUGGCUUCCAAUGCAUGUUCUUGAAAUAAUGUCUGCAGUUGGAGUCUUUACGGAACUUUCGGAGACAGUCUAUUACCUUCUCUCCAUCGUACCUUACCUAAAAUGCUGCAUUUACCCCUUCCUGUAUGGAUUGAUAUCACAAAGCUUCAACGACGGCUACAAGAGAGUCCUCUGUUGUGCAAAGGCCAAAGCGAAAAACAAAGACACGGAAUGUUGUGGUGAUAAACAAGAAGACAAGUGUCUGAAUUGAAAUCUUGUUUGCUUUGUCUUUUUACAUUUCAAAAUGUAUCGACAGAAACAUAUUCAUAACGUCUUUUUAUUCAUAUCGGAUUCAUUUACUGGUAAUCCUCAAAAACAUAACCUAAACAAGCAUAUUACAUAUUCUGCAAAUAACCGUCUUCUAAUAAGGAAGUUUGCUUAAUUGGAGAACUCUCUUAUUAAAAAGUCAGUCAUUUUAAUCUUUAAACAAUGUUUUCAAUGUAACUUUUGAAAUCAAAUGGUUUUGAUAAAGCUUUUAGAUUUUGUUGGACAGCUGCAGAAAAGUAUUCUAUAUUUUUAUAUAAAUGUAUAUCAUUUUUUUGUAUUGUAUAGUAUUGUGACCCAUUCACUUACACUGUGUAUGUUCAUUUAUAUGUAAUCGCUUUCAUAUUGCCCUUUCAGAAAUGCUUUUGCAGUACAGCCGGGGAGUCACAUUUUACACACCCCUUAGAUAAUGUUUUAGAAAAAGUAACAUGGCCACACAUUACAUCAUCAGGCUUGAAGUAGCUUGGCCAAUCAGGAUGUUCUCAAUCUGGUCAGUGGAGUUCUAAAUUGUUAGAAAUGUUUCCCAUGCACUACAUGGUUUAAAGUAUAAGGGAGAGGAGCUGAUUGGUAGAAUUCAUAGUACUCGGUGCACAGCCUCCGUUCUUUUUAGAUUUAAAUUUCAGGGACUUGUAGGUCGACUUUCUACUUAUGAAAGCUGUUUAGAAGAACUAUAGUGUGGUGCCCAGUGUGCUCCUUUAAAGGACCACUCGAGGCACCCAGACCACUUCAGCUUAAUGAAGUGGUCUGGGUGCCAGGUCCAGCUAGGGUUAACCCAUUUUUUCAUAAACAUAGCAGUUUCAGAGAAAUUGCUAUGUUUAUGAAUGGGUUAAGCCUUCCCCUAUUUCCUCUAGCGGCUGUCUCAUUGACAGCCGCUAGAGGCGCUUGCGUGCUUCUCACUGUGAUUUUCACAGUGAGAGCACGCCAGCGUCCAUAGGAAAGCAUUGAUAAUGCUUUCCUAUGCGACCGGCUGAAUGCGCGUGCAGCUCUUGCCGCGCGUGCGCAUUCAGCCGACGGGGAGGAACGGAGGAGGAUCGGAGGAGGAGAGCUCCACACCCAGUGCUGGAAAAAGGUACGUUUUAACCCCUUUCCCCCUUCAAAAACCCGGCGGGAGGGGGUCCCUGAGGGUGGGGGCACCCUCAGGGCACUAUAGUUCCAGGAAAACGAGUAUGUUUUCCGGGCACUAUAGUGGUCCUUUAAGUAGUCUUACUUCGUAAUGUAAUCAAAAUUGAAAAAAGACUUGAGUUUAAACUUCAACAUAUCUGUUUCUGCAGUUAAGUGAAAAAAGAAGGUAUAAAAAAUAUAUAUUUCAAGCAAUUUCAAAUUGUGCCACAAACCGGAAAAAAGAACCUUCGGCAUUCUACCUCCUUGGAUCAACACGCUCUUACCACCUAUUAGACUUCUCAUUUAAUACCAUUGUACAUCCUGUUAUAAGAGUCUUAACAGCAGAAUUGAAAGAGUAUAGCGAAAUAAAAUGGCGAUCUGAGACAUCUGAUGUUAAAACAAAAUGUUUUUACAUUGCUGCAGAACGUUCGAGGACAGUUACUUUAUUUAAUAUGUUAUUGCUGACUGAACUUCCUUUUGUCAAAUGAGCAUAGUGUUUCUUUUAUCAUUUGAGCACACUGACAAAGACCUAUAAAGAA